AUGUAUCAAUCGCAUUCUCUAAAGGAAGAUUUGAAGAAAUCUCUUGGUCCAGAAUGGAUCUCAAGUCGAAGUGGACCUGGUGGAGCAAAACUCAUGUAUUUAGAAGGUAAAACAGCUAUCAAUCUCGCCAAUGAACUAUUUGGUUAUGAUGGUUGGAGUAGUCAAGUCAAGGAGUCUGUAGUGGAUUUUUUUGAUAUAUCAGACGACGGCAAAAUAAACUUAGGAAUUGCAACUACUGUACGGGUCACAUUAAAAGAUGGAACAUAUCAUGAAGAUAUUGGUUAUGGCGUAGCUGAUAAUAUGAAGACCAAAGCCUCUGCAUUUGAAAAGGCCCGUAAGGAAUCAACCACUGAUGGAAUGAAGAGAGCUCUUCGUAUGUUUGGAAAUGCUCUUGGAAAUUGCGUAUACGAUAAGACGUAUUUGCGGAAUAUCAGUACCAUGGCUCGCUCGACUGUAAGUAGAAAUGAUAUAUUAUGA